AUGUGGACAAUUGGAUUAGGUUUUGUAGCAGUUCUGGUCAUAUAUUUUACUUACUGGCUUAACAAAUGGAGCAAUCCAAGGUGCAACGGAGUCCUCCCUCCAGGUUCCAUGGGUCUACCCCUUAUUGGAGAGACCCUUCAGUUGAUUGUUCCCAGUUACUCUCUAGACCUCCACCCAUUUAUCAAAAAGAGAGCUCAAAGAUAUGGGCCAAUAUUUCGAACUAGUGUGGCGGGUCGACCGAUUGUAAUAUCAGUAGAUCCUGAAUUCAACCAUUACAUCGUUAAACAAGAAGGGAAAUUAGUUGAAUUAUGGUACAUGGAUUCAUUUUCCAGUCUUUUCUCUAUGGAAGGAGAAAGUAGGACAACUGCACUUGGUGUUAUCCACAAAUACGUAAGAAGCAUUAUAUUGGAUCACUUUGGUGCUGAACCACUUAAGGAAAAAUUACUUCCUCAAAUUGAAGUAUUUGUUAGUAAAACCCUAGAAACAUGGUCAACUCAGUCUUCUGUUGAAGUGAAACAUGCUGCUUCCAUUAUGGUGUUUGAUUUCAGUACAAAGAGUAUAAUGUUUAGUUAUGAUGCUGAAAAAUCACCCAUGAAAUUGAGUGAGAAGUUAAUCAAUGCCGCCGGAGGUUUUAUGUCAUUUCCCUUGAAUAUUCCUGGUUUCGCAUACCAUAAAUCUUUGAAGGAUCAAAAGGAGGCAUUGACCAUGUUGAGGAAAAUAGUAAAAGAGAAAAUGAAUUCACCUGGAAAACAUGAAGAUAUGCUUGAUCAAGCCAUAAAUAACAUGAAUAAGGAGAAAUUCUUAUCAGAAGAUUUUCUCGCCCGUUGGGUUUUUGGGAUCUCAUUUGCUACCUUUGAGGCGAUUUCAACAGCAUUAUCAUUAGCUCUCAAGUUAAUUGCGGACAGUCCAGCAGUUUUACAAGAGUUGACUGCCGAGCACAAGGCAAUUCUCAAAGCUAGAAAGAAUCGAAAUUCCAUUCUCACAUGGGAAGAAUAUAAGUCAAUGACUUUUACCCUUCAAGUAAUCAAUGAAGUUUUACGGAUCGCAAAUGUUUCUCCUGGUUUACUACGAAAAGCACUGAAGGAUAUAAAAUUUAAAGGAUAUACAAUUCCGUCUGGUUGGACCAUUAUGAUUGCAAAUUCUGCACUUCAAUUAAACUCAAACACUUACAAGGAUCCACUUGCUUUCAACCCAUGGCGCUGGAAGGAUCUUGACCCAUCUGUUGUAUCUAAGAAUUUCAUGCCUUUUGGAGGAGGAAUUAGACAAUGUGCAGGGGCAGAGUAUACUAAAACGUUCAUGGCUAUCUUCCUCCAUGUCUUGGUCACCAAAUAUAGGUGGACAAAGGUCAAGGGAGGAAAAAUUGCUCGAGGUCCUAUUCUGGUUUUUAUAGAUGGCCUCCAUGUUAAUUUUUCAAAGAAGAAAAAUAUAUAA